AUAUAACCCUACUGGCAUUGUGGCAACCAUUUUCAUCACUGCCUAUUAGUCAAACACGCAAACCUCGUUAGGUUGCCUGGACCAUUAGUUCUACGUAACAAUGGAGGUUGAAGUUAUCUCCAAGGAGACCAUCAAACCCUCAUCUCCAACCCCUGAAAAUCUCCGCCACCAACAACUCUCCUUCCUCGAUCAAAUUCAACCUCCAGUUUACAUGCCUCUAGUUCUCUUCUACCCAAAAGUUGAAGGUGUCAAUUUUAGCAAGGUACAGCAAUGUGACAAGAUUAAGAAAUCAUUAUCCGAAGCUUUAACACUAUUCUACCCUCUAGCAGGACGGGUUAAAGGCAAUCUUUAUAUCGAUUGCAACGAUGAGGGUGUUCACUACAUGGAGGCUGAGGCUAAGUGCAUGCUCUCUGAAUUUCUUGAGAAUCCAAACCCUGCUGAGCUCAACAAAUUCCUCCCUUAUGAAUUGGACCAUCCCAAUGAAUUACCUAUAGCAGUCCAAGUAACCUUCUUUGACUGUGGUGGCCUUGUGAUAGGUGUGGUAAUGUCUCAUAAGGUUUCAGAUGCCUUAUCAGUCGUUAUGUUUCUCAAAAGUUGGACUGCUAUUGCUCGUGGUGAUAGCAACAUAGUGAGCCCUCAAUUCCAUUCCGCCAAGCUUUUCCCACCAAAAGCUUUAUCUGGCUUUGAUCCAACUACUGGGAUGGUAAAGGAAAAAAUCGUGACAAAGAGGUUUGUCUUCGAGGCGUCUGCUAUAGCUUCCAUUAGAGAAAAAUACAGUACUGAAGACAAGAACAUUGAAUACCCACGCCCUAGUCGUGUUGAGGCCUUAUCGGCUUUCAUAUGGAGCCGGUUCAUGGCUGCAACUCAGCCAAAAGAAGACCCAGAUAAGAUUUACACUAUGGUUCAUGCUGUGAACCUAAGAACGAGGAUGGAUCCACCUAUUCCCGACUAUUACUUCGGAAAUUUUAGUCGAAUUGCUUUUUCGGUACCAUCCAGGGACACUGAUGAUGGAUUUUAUGGCAUUAUCAAACCAAUGAGAGAUGCUAUAAAGAAAGUGGACGCGGAGUUUGUGAAAAAUCUCCAACAGGAUGAUGCGCACUUGAAUUAUAUUAAAGAGCGCGCCGCAAGAGUCAAGAAAGGAGAGGUGUUUUCGUUUGCCAUCACUAGCUUGUGCAGGUUUCCUCUAUAUGAAGCUGAUUUUGGGUGGGGGAAGCCUGCGUGGGUAACCACGGCUAACAUGACGUUCAAGAAUCUUGUUUCCUUCUUUGACACCAAGUCAGGGGAUGGAAUAGAGGCAUGGAUUUUUUUGAAAGAGGAAGACAUGGCUAAAUUAGAAACAGAUGAGGAGCUCUUUGCCUACUUACGUUAAAGAAUUUUGUUUCUUCCAGCAAUGGAAUUGCAUGAAAUUUGGUGACCUGAAGAGAACAACUUUGGAAAUAAAUUCAUGACCUUUGGUGAUGAAUGAUGUCACUUUUCGAGCAAUUUCCUUUUUAUUUAGGUCUUGAAAUCAUCGGUUUUCCUGUUUUUAGUAAUAUUUUAUUGAAAGAAUGU